AUGAUGGGGAUGAGUCGCGUCGCCGCGCGGCAACUGCGUGCGGUGUGGGCUGCUCCACGAGGGGCUCUGGGCUUGCGCUCAAAAGCUGGCAACUCUUCAGUGCACCCUCCAGUUACGGUGCAUGCGGACAAGAACGCGGCGAAAUGGCCGACAGCAGGCUCGAGUAAGCGCUGCUGCGUAGCGACGAGGCCUCAAUUAGGGUCACAUAUGCUGCUUAGUAGGUUUCAGCUGCAUCGUCUGCUCGCGCUCAAGCAGAAAAAGGCGGCCCAAAUAGCACGAAAAGCAGCAGAAAUUGAAGCCAAAAAGACAGCGACUGCAGCGACAGCCGAUGUAAAUCUCCGACUGCGCAAUUCGUUGGUGCUUCGUUUUAGCAAUGAGAACUCGUACCUAAAUUGGGCAAGAAACGGCGUGUUGUCUUCUGCUGUUGGAGUUGCCAUGUAUGCGCAAGAACAUCAUCGUGGAGCGCAACUUAGUGGCGCGGGGCUGCUUCUAUUGGGUUUCGGAUACAUUGGCGUAGGCACGGCCAAGUACAUCUAUUACAUUUUCCGCUUUCGCCACGUCAUGGAGCUGUCAUGGGCAAGCGUCUUCGGAACGAUUUCUCAUGCGGCAUGGGGAUUAGCUAUCUGGUUGACCGCUAUUGCCUCUUUUCUGGAAAGUGUGCCUCUUGAGCUAGAUGCAAUGCUGCUGACAGAGCCCAUUGCAAGUUACUUGCCCUUUCGGAUUCGUCAAGGUCUGAUCGAGACGUAUAGUCUCCACUUGGACGACCUCGAGCACCACUUUGACGAGCAAGAGCGUGUGAUGCGUGCAAUCCGCGGCGACCGGAUCGCUCCGGAGCCGAUGGAUAUCGAUGAGGGUGAAAAGCUGCCUCCUCAGUUAGAAGCUCAGCUGAUUGAGCAGAACAUGCACGCAGUCCCAAGUCCAGCAGUGGUGGGUUCUGCAUCUCCUCCGUCCUGA